UUAUCUGCAUCAAUACCCAGUGCUACAAAUAUGGCUGUCUCAGUGCUUCGGAUGACAAUUGUCCUGGGACUGCUUGUCUUAAUCCUGACUUGCCAUGCCGAUGACAAACCAGAUGGCAAACCAGAUGGCAAACCAGAUGACAAACCAGAUGGCAAACCAGAUGGCAAGCCCGAUGACUCAGACAAAAAACCAGGGCAAGACUUUCCCCAUUUUCUAAGCCUCUUGGGCACAGAGAUCAUCGAGAAUGCAGUGAAGUUUGUUCUCCGCACCAUGACGCGAAACAACCUGUAAGCACCGAGACAAGCCUUGCUUUUGUCCCUUUUGAGGCUGGUAAAGGCCGCCUUGUAUUAAAAUGAAUGAGAAACGAAAGUGUGGCGCAUGCCAAUGU